AUGCGUCUGAGCAUUGCUACUGUCGUGGGCCUCACCAUCGCCCCUGCAUUAGCUAACUGCCCUUAUGCCCGAGAUGCAGGUACUAAGGUUGACAACAGUGCUGAUCCCCAUGCUCACUUGUCUCACGACGUCAUUCUGAGAAAGUCAAACACGGGUGUGCCGUCUCCUACCCCCUCCGCAGCGGCUGGAAAAAAAGGUCUGCUGUUGAUGAACCGCAUUUCCCCUGGCACCUCAGAACUAUACAUUGCCAACGCGGACGGCACGAAUGAGCGUCCUCUGUUAAAAGAUCCCGGUUAUGAAUACCACGCCGAAUUCUCUCCCGAUGGUGAAUGGAUUAGCUUCACCAGUGAGCGCAACGGUGAUGGAAACUCCGAUAUCUGGCGUGUGCGCCCAGAUGGCUCCAAUCUACAGCCGAUUGUGACAUCCCCGGCAGUGGAAGACAGCGUUGUAAUCUCACCCAAUGGAACAUUGGCAGCAUAUGUUUCAACAGCCAACAAUUAUAACGCUCACAUUUGGGUCAAGGACCUGGAGACCGGUGCCGAGUGGAACAUCACCGAUAUCCCGGCUAACCGGCCAGAUGAGGACAUGAUGCAUGGCCACUUCCGUCCAGCUUGGUCGCCAGACGGGAAUUGGCUUGCGUUUUCCUCAGACCGCAGCACAAUAUGGAAUGGCCACGGACCUCUCAGUUUUCUCGGACUCGCUGGCUGGGAGCACACCCAAGAACUCAGCAUUUAUAUUAUUCGCCCUGAUGGCUCAGAUCUUCGCCGUGUCACCAACCGUACUUGCCACUGCCUUGGGUCUCCAAAAUGGUCACUCGAUGGUGAGCGCCUUAUAUUCUACGAGAUGACUCGCAAUGAGACUUGGGACGCACAUCGACCUGAGACCGUGGCAAAUGCUAGCUCCGCAAUUGUUUCUGUUGGAAUCGAUGGCAAUGACCGUCGAAUUGAGGUUGGCGGUGCUGGUGUCAAGACCUUUCCUCAAUACGUGACCAACUCCACCAUUGGAUACCAUCUGAAGGGCGGCGAUAAGGAGGGCUUGCACCUCACAAAUGGUACCUACUUCAACGCCACUAUCCGCUCUCCCUCGUGGUCUCCUGAUGGAAAGUACGUGGUUUACGAGAAGGUUGAUUGGUCGGUACGACCUCUGUUUAAGGAGCUUUACAGCUGGGACAGCGACUGGGAAUACCGCUUCAAUGAUGUAUUCCCUCAACUCUCGUCUGACGACCGCGUGGUUGUGACCGCAAGGCAACUUGGGAACGCCUCUAUUGCCACUUUUGAUCUGGAGGAUAGGCACUUAUCUUUACUCUACGAACCUGAUGAUAGUAAUCUCAUCGACCCUGCUCUGAUUCUAGAUAGCCUGGGUGGGGCCUACAAUCCCAGCUGGUCCCCAGACGGUGAAUGGGUCGUCUUCGGGGUGGGCGCUUGGUUUGAGUCGCGUGAUUGGGGAGGAGGCUGGAUUCUACGCUCCACCGCAAACGGCAGUUACACCGAGGUCCUUACCACCAGCAACCUCUGGAUCAAUGGAACCAAGGACCUAAACACCGGAUUUCCCAGCUUCUCUCACGACGGCAAGAAGGUCGUCUACCGCGUCUGGGGUGCCGACACCCUCAAGUACGGUGACGAGACAGAAAUUGGUUUACGCAUUAUCGACAUUGAGACCAGAGAGAUUACCCAGCUUACUAGCAGCUGGGACAACCUUCCCUCUUUCUCGCCUGAUGGGGAAUUCAUAGUGUUUACCCGCAAGGUUUCUCCGACUAACUACGAGGUCUGCACCAUCCGCCCUGACGGCACUGAUUUCCGCAUUCUGACUUCCAGCGGUUCCAAUGACGCCCACGCUGUUUGGCGCCAGGAUGGAAAAAUCAUGUGGUCCACCGGCAUGUACGGCUUCCAGUAUGAGUGCGCUCUGUACGACCGCACCUUCCAGCCCUACGGUCAGAUCAUGAUCAUGGACGCCGAUGGAUCCAAUAAGCGUGCUUUGACCAACUCCAUUUGGGAAGAUUCUAUGCCGCUCUUUCUUCCUAACGAUGGGUUCUAG